ACACGUCACUCACAGAGCGCCAGGACGCCUUCCUCCUCCCCUCCCCGCUUCCGUUCCACGACACAGAAACCCAACCGGAGGAGAUGGAACCCGCCGCGGCCGCCGUAGAGUCCCCUGAUCCGCCGCCGUCGCCACCCCUGGAGGGUCCAUCGCCGGCGGAGACAUCAUCAUCCCCCGCCGCUGCCCCGGGGACGCAAUCGCCGGCGCCGGCGCCUCCAGGUACGCGGGAGGUCGCAGCCGCGAUGGAGGCUGUGGAGAGGGACGCCGCCGCCAUCGCCGAGAGCUACGCGUCCCUCUUCGCCUCCCUCCGAGUCGCCCUCAACAACGUUACCUCGACGUCGGCGGAGAAUAUUGAAUGCUUGGGCGACGUCGUCGGCCGCCUCCAGGAAUCCGCACUUGAAGCAUCUUCAAAAGGAAAUAAAUACAUCAAUUCGUGCUUGAGGUUAAAUGAGGAAAUGAGAGGCUUGGAAAGCUUAGCUAUGCAACUAAAGACUCUACGAAAAAAUGUUGAUUCAUUAGAUUUGGCUGUCAAUCAGUUGCUCCGCCUCCCCUAGUCAGUGGAUAUUAUCAGUAGCUCAUAUAAGUGCUGCAGGUUGUAAGGAAAAUGAUACACCACAUAUAUGUCAUGUGUUUUAGUUCCAAGGCAACCAGCUGGUGGAAAUAUGAAGUGGCUUAUGCCAACAAAGGAGGACUUUCCCCUUCCAUGGCAUGAUAAAAUACUACUUACUCUUGAUUUGAUUUACGCUUCCAUCUUUUGUGUAUUUGUAAACAAUGCUAUGCAUUUGUUGAAAAACAACUUAUCUCGUUAUGAUGUGUGCAUGGAGUUACAUUUGUAAAUGGGUCAUUCAGCCCAUGGACUAUCUCUGUAAACUGGGGAUAAAUGAAAACAAAGAUUUUCCUGCUA